GCCGGGGGCGGCGAGCGAGCGCCCGCCCGGGGCCGGGCAUGUGCGGCGGGGCGGCGGGCAGGGCGCCCGGGCAAGGGCGUUUGAAGGAAACGUGAGGCGCGGCGGCGGCAUGGACGCGGCGCCGGGCCGGAGCCCCGAGCCGCGGGAGAAGCCGCCGGUGCUGGACGGGGAGGCGGCGGGGGCGCCCGCGGGGGCGUCGGGCGCGGCCCCGGCCUCGCCGGCGGCGGCGGAGCAGAUCGUGGCGGAGGGCGAGGCGGCGGCGGCGGCGGGCACGUUCGUGCAGCGGCAGCUCGGGGCCAUGCUGCAGCCCGCCGUGAACAAGUUCUCGCUGCGCAUGUUCGGCAGCCACCGGGCCGUGGAGAUCGAGCGGCAGCGGGUGAAGUCGGCCGGCGCCUGGAUCAUCCACCCCUACAGCGACUUCAGGUUUUACUGGGACCUCAUCAUGCUGCUCCUGAUGGUGGGGAAUUUGAUCAUCCUGCCUGUGGGCAUCACCUUCUUCAAGGAUGAGAACACCCCUCCCUGGAUUGUUUUCAACGUGCUUUCGGACACUUUCUUCCUGGCUGACCUGGUGCUGAACUUCCGGACAGGCAUUGUGGUGGAGGACAACACGGAGAUCAUCCUUGACCCCCACACCAUCAAAAUGAAGUACCUGAAGAGCUGGUUCCUGGUCGACUUCAUCUCCUCCAUCCCAGUUGACUACAUCUUCCUCAUCGUUGACCUGGAGACCCAGGUGGAUUCUGAUGUCUACAAGACAGCCCGGGCCUUGCGCAUCGUCCGCUUCACCAAGAUCCUCAGCCUGCUGCGCCUGCUGCGCCUCUCGCGCCUCAUCCGCUAUAUCCACCAGUGGGAGGAGAUCUUCCAUAUGACAUACGACCUGGCCAGUGCUGUGGUGAGGAUCUUCAACCUCAUCGGCAUGAUGCUGCUGCUGUGUCACUGGGAUGGCUGCCUCCAGUUCCUAGUGCCCAUGCUGCAAGACUUCCCCGAGGACUGCUGGGUCUCCAUCAACCACAUGGUGAACGACUCCUGGGGGAAGCAGUACUCGCACGCCCUGUUCAAGGCCAUGAGCCACAUGCUCUGCAUCGGCUACGGCCAGCAGGCGCCUGAGGGCAUGACCGACGUCUGGCUCACGAUGCUGAGCAUGAUCGUGGGGGCCACCUGCUACGCCAUGUUCAUCGGCCAUGCCACCGCCCUCAUCCAGUCGCUGGACUCGUCUCGACGCCAGUACCAGGAGAAGUACAAGCAAGUGGAGCAGUACAUGUCAUUCCACAAGCUGCCUGGGGACACGCGCCAGCGGAUCCAUGAGUACUACGAGCACCGCUACCAGGGCAAGAUGUUUGAUGAGGACAACAUCCUGGGGGAGCUCAGUGAGCCACUCAAAGAGGAGAUCAUUAACUUCAACUGCCGCAACCUGGUGGCCAACAUGCCCCUGUUUGCCAAUGCGGACCCCAAUUUUGUGACAGCCAUGCUGACCAAGCUGCGCUUUGAGGUCUUCCAGCCUGGGGACUUCAUCAUCCGCGAGGGUACCGUGGGCAAAAAGAUGUACUUCAUCCAGCACGGGGUGGUCAGCAUCCUCACCAAGGGCAACAAGGAGACAAAGCUGUCUGAUGGCUCCUACUUUGGAGAAAUCUGCCUGCUGACGCGGGGCAGGCGGACGGCCAGCGUGCGAGCUGACACCUACUGCCGCCUCUACUCCUUGUCGGUGGAUAAUUUCAAUGAGGUGCUGGAGGAGUAUCCCAUGAUGCGCAGGGCCUUCGAGACGGUGGCCAUGGACCGGCUGGACCGCAUAGGGAAGAAGAACUCCAUCUUGCUCCGCAAGCGAGCCGAGCACAGCGCGGGGCCCAUGAACAAUGAGAUAAUCCAGCAGAUUGUGAAGCACGACCAGGACAUGGCCCACAACAUCCAGGACCUGCAGCAGAUGGCGAUGGGCCGGGAGCUGAGCGGCAAGCCGGUGAUCUGGGAGCCACUGGUGCACGCGCCCCUGCAGACAGCCGCUGCCACCACCAACGUGGCCAUUGCCUUGACUCACCAGCACAGCCUGCAGGCCCACAUCUUCCUGCCGCCCUCCUCCAUCUCCAGCCCGCUCUCGCCUGAGGCCACCCUGCUCACAAAGCAGGUGCGCAGGUCCCAGCCCAGCCUGGGGGGCUCCCGGCCCUCCUCCGUGAGCUCCCCGUCAGGGGCGCAGUCCCACCUCCAGACGCCCGCUGCCGGUUCGCCUUCCUCCCCCAUGGUCCAGUCCCAGGCACCCCUAGAGAGCGGGGGCCAGAGACCAAGCCACGGGGCGCAGCCCCUGCCACGCGCGGCGCAGAAGGGAGAUCUGCCGGCAGCGGCCAAGCAGCCCCCAGCUGGCUCCCAGCCCCAGCUCUCCAAGUCCCGCGGCGCCUCGGUCUCUACCUCGCUGCUGCAGCAGGCGGCAGGGGCUCCGUCCCCCAGCUCGGAGCAGGCGAUGCCAGCGGGGAGAACGCUCCACUACAGCCUGUCCCGAGCCACUGGCUCCCACAUCUCUCUUCUGAUGCAGCCCCAGCAGCUGGUGAAGCACAGGAGCAUCCAGGGCCUGCCGGUGGGGCGGCUCACCCAGGACGUCCGGCUCCUCUCUGCCUCCCAGCCCUCCCUUCCCAAUAAAGUGGCCCAGCAAGCCGACGGGAGCUCCUUGCAGCAGGGCAGGAAAUCCGCGGGGAACCUGGCCCGCAAAUCUUCUCCCUCUGUAACCGGACUCCUCGCCAAGCCAUGUCCGGGGAUGCCAGGCCAGCCAGCACACUCGCAGCAGAUGCCUUCAGGAUCGCUGGCCCAACCCAGCCGCUCUGUGGCGGGAGCAUCCACUCCGCAGUCCCCAGUCUCCACGUCCAGGCAGGCAGCGGGUCCCUCCCGCAAGGGCUCCGUGGCCUUCAGCCCCGAGGUGGAAACGGGGAAGCCCAAACUCCCAUCCAACAUGUGAGUCCCCAGCGGCACCCGUGCACAAGCAGGAGGGACCCGGGCACCCCGGCAGCAGAGGCGGCAGGAGAGGCAGAGCACCUGGUGAAGGCCCCCCGCCCCGGCUGUGUCGAAGGGAAGGCAAGGUGAGAAGCAGCACCCGGGGCUGUGGGCUGGCUGCUCCGGGCAUGGGGACAUGGCAGGGACGGGUGUGGGGCAGCCCCAGAGCUGGCCCAGCUGGAUGAGGAGGGGGCUCUGCUGAGCACCCCGAGGGGGGGACCCUGCCUGGGCUCCCCCCUCCUUGCUUCAUCACCAUCUGUCCUGAGUCCUGCCCUCCUGGAGGCAACAGGACAGGUCAGAGCCCUCACCCAAACGCUGGCCUCCCUGGGGAGCCCGGCUCCCCGCAACUGCUCCUUGGGGGCCGGGCCCCCCCGCGCUCUGCCCUCAGGCCCAAUGGCCGCUCCUUGGGGCCAGGCCCAUGCUGGCGGUUCCUCCAGCUUGUCCUCUCGCAGCAGCGGCUGCCACACACUUGCCUUGAUCCCCAGAAAGCUCUGCCCAGCACCUUCGCUUUUUGGGAGAGGAGGGAGAGGCAGCCCCCCCAGGGCCCACUGCCGAGGGCAGAGUGAGGGGGCUGGAGCCCGUGGCGGGGUCUCCCCGGGCAGGCAGAGUGCAGGUACCCAGGGACAGUGGGGGCCAGGUCCCCCCUCCCUGAGGCCCUGGCAGGUCCCUUGGGGCACAGUGCCGGGAUGUGGGGGGGUCCCGGGCAGGGUCCCCCUGGUGUGACGAGUGCCAAGCGGUGGAGCUGGGGGCAGAUGGUCUCCACUGAGCAGCCCCCAGGUGCCCCUCCCCGGCUUGGGGGAGCAUCUUGCUUCAGAGGUGCUGGUCCCCACAGGGUUGGGAUGUGCCACUGGGCAGGGCUCUGCCCCCACACCCGGGCGCUGCAGCUCGGACCCUCGCCAUGCUCUGGCAAGGGGCUGCCUGGGGGGGCCUGGCUGCCUGCGGCUCCAGGAGGAUGCUUAGAGGGGGCAGCCCAGGGGUGAACCCACUGCCUGCGGCUCCUGGGAGGAUGCUCAGCCUGGGGUCUGUUCCCCCCUGCCCUGCGCUGCAGUCCCGUUUCCAGACUGCCUGGAGAUGCCGGUCACCAGUGCCGCAGUGAGCGAAAGGGUGUCACGAAGAGAUGCCAACCCCGGGCAGCGCCUGGGUGACGUGUAGGGCUGUGCGGCUGCCUCCCCUCGCCCUCCUGGGUCUCCAUGCGGAAGGGCAGGGGCUUGGGGUCCCCGCGGCCAACCCACAUCGCCCCUCCAGAGCCAGUAGUCAGCAAUGUGUGUUUGAGUUGUGGCUCUGCCGAGCAGCUGAGCUCUGCUUACAGUGUCGCUUUGGGCCAACCGUGUUAACAGUCCUGGUUAGAGUAGUGUCCCCUCCCGACCCCGCCACGCUGCGCAAGCUGCUUCCCACUACUGGAGUCAGGAACCAUGGCUUGGAGUCGUGCUCUGGGGCUUGGCUGCCGCCAGCGCAGCGGGCGAGGGUCUUGUUCCACACGGUACUUCUUGAAGUGAGGUUUUCGGUUCUCCCCCCUCAUGUUUUGGGACGUCGGGACCAGUCCGGACUGCGGGGCUGCUCAGGGAGCCCAGCCUGCGGAGCGCAGCAGCCUGGCAGGAAUCCUGUCAGCGUGUCCGUCAGAGGGGAUGUCCAGCACUGCCUUUUUCUCACGGACUUCAACCCCUCCUUCCCCGCCCACCCCCACGUCCCGCUCCAUCCCCAUGGUCAGUGUCUCCCCGGCAGCCCCUCGGGAAGGGGUCUGCAGCCGGGUCAUGUAGUCAAACGUUCCCGGGCUGUGUUUACACUGCGUGAUGUAGAUGUUUUAGCGAUCAUCUAGGUGUCCCCCGCAGAGCACGUGGGCCGGCCUGGACAGCACCGAGCAUGGCUCCGCUUCUGCCAGCUGUGCCACCGGUGCACCUUCCCCAUGCCGCAGCCCCGUGCUGGGAGCCAGAGCCACCCUGUGCUCCGGUCACUGCCGCGGCGGACCCCUGCCACAAGUCGCGUCAGCUCGUGGCCCCAGCGCCCCGUCCUGGCGGGGAGGCAAGAGGGGCAGCCGGAGGGGCCAGGGCCAGGGGUGCUGGCUGUGCACGCGUGUGUCUGCGGCAUGCGUGGGCGCAAGUCUAGCCACCAAAGACCACGAUCCUUCACUCUUGCACUCACGGCAGUCGAUGUACAGAGCUUGUAGUUUUCAUAUCGCAGAGAAUUUAAAAGCGUUUUUUUAUUUUUGGUCGUUGUACAUAAUGGAUUUAAAUAAUAA